AUGUGUGAUGUACUUUUUUACACUGUAGUCAUACUGUAUAAUCCGUUUCCCCAGAUUGCGAACGCAAGUAAUAGUAGUAAACUUCCCUUGUGGACACACCUUCAACGAAAACACAAGUCAAGAAAAAUGGGUAUAAACGACUUGUCUUUCAACCAGAAUUUCACCAGUUUACUGAUGUCUACGGAUGAAGAUCAUCGAAUCUUCAACUGCGACCCUUUUGGUGAAUUCUAUGUCCUGUCAUCUAAAGACAAGGAGAAGUGUCCCACGGCAUUUCUUCGAAUGUUAUUCUCCACAUCCUUAACUAUAAUUGUUCCAGAUACCCAAUCUUCAAUGGGAAAUCGUGUGCUCAAAGUAAUGAACUUGAAAACUAACAUGAAGAUAUGCGAACUCAAUUUCCCUCUGGGUAUAGUGGAUUUGAUGGUUAACCGCAAAAGACUCGUGGUGUUUUUGGAAGUUGGUCAAAUUUACAUUUAUGAUUUGAGCAGUAUCCGUCUUGUCAAAGUGGUCGAAGUUAAUGCUUACAAGAGAAAUGGGGACGAUGCUAUGCCUAACCCUGUGAUCGCAGACCUUAGUGCAGAUGAUAGCUCUUAUUUGAUCCUUCCGAUACUGGUCUUGAAUGAUAAUAGCGAUAUUUUGAAUGCUGAUAGUACCUCAUCACAAAACAACUCUAGUCAACCUGGAACACCUGUUCUUCGACCAAGUGAUUCUACAGUCGCAAACUCUUUGGAUACAUUAAUCGAACUUACGCAAAAGAACUCGCUGUCUUUGCUUUCUAGCAUAGAAGGAAUUACGUUGGAAGAUUUACAGAAGGACUCGCAAGGGUGGGUAUUGGUGUAUGAUACUUUGAAUCUAAAACCACUUCUUGUCUACAAAGCCCAUGAUACUGCCAUCGCACGCAUAGCCAUAUCCUCUGAAAGCAAAUAUAUUGCCACAGCUUCGACGAAGGGUACUAUAAUCCGUGUAUGUCAUUUAAAUUCCGACUUCGUCGUUGAAUAUGGUAAACUCAAGAUUGCCCAGGUGAUCAAUCUUCGGCGGGGACAUAAUGUGACGAGAAUAAGCACACUUCGAUUCAAUUCAAGCUCUACCAUAUUGGGUUGCGCAUCCGAUAGCAAUACAAUUCAUUUCUUUACUGUCCAUGAAAACACGCAAGUGGGGAAUGGCGAUCGUUCGGAACAAGAAGACGACGCUGAUUCGACAGCAGAGGAGGAUGAAAACGGGCGCUCUCUGGAAGAUUUGAAUGAAAACUUGGCGAAUCUUCUUCUCCUGAAACCAGCGGAAGAACGAGAGAGAGAAGAACCUGCCUCAUAUUUCCUGGCGCUCAAAAAAUCAGCAAAACUAUUAAACAACCAAUAUACAAAGCGGAUAGUCAAGAAGCUCCCAUAUCGCGAGUACUUGGGUAACCUAAUUUGGGAGGCACCUCGCCGAUCGUUUGCUUUCAUCAAAUUGCCCGAAUACGUACCCAGUGCCAACCUGAGACACAAGAAUGUUGAAAUUGGCUUUGGAGCCCAAGGUGUUGUGAUGUUGGCCUCUUAUAACACGGGAACGCUUUACCAUUACCGCCUACCGAAACCAAGCAGCGAGAGAGAAGAAUGUGGUUUAUUGUCUCUGAACAGUUUAUGUGUAUGA